AUGAUUUCAAAGGAAAAAAAUGUGCGCACACGAUCGACACUUAUAACAGCUGAACUGAUCUAUCUAUCUAUUUAUCUAUCUAUUAUAGCCUAUUCAUAUGUAUUUCGGAUUGCUUCUAUCUAUCUAUCUAUCUAUCUAUCUAUCUAUCUAUCUAUCUAUCUAUCUAUCUAUCAUUGCCUAUUCAAAUGUAUUUCAGACUGCAUCUAUCUAUCUAACUAUCUAUCUAUCUAUCAUAGCGUAUUCAUAUGUAUUUCGGAUUGCAUCUAUCUAUCUAUCGAUCAUAGCCUAUUCAAAUGUAUUUCAGACUGCUUCUAUCUAUCUAUCUAUCAUAGCCUAUUCAAAUGUAUUUCAGACUGCUUUUAUCUAUCUAUCUAUCAUAGCCUAUUCAAAUGUAUUUCAGACUGCAUCUAUCUAUCUAUCUAUCUAUCUAUCUAUCUAUCUAUCUAUCAUAGCCUAUUCAAAUGUAUUUCAGAUUGCUUCUAUCUAUCUAUCUAUCUAUCUAUCUAUCUAUCUAUCUAUCUUGUCACUAUUGCAACCAGUUCAUAUAUCUAUCUACUUCAUGCCGUUCAUUAUCUAUCUAUCUAUCUAUCUAUCUAUCUAUCUAUCUAUCUAUCUAUUUAA